ACUCCCCACUCCGUGGAAGCAAAAGCAGCACACAGACUCUUACCAAAACCCUAAAAUACCCUCGCUCUUCGUUCAAAUUUCCCACCCGAACCAGACCCCGCAUGGCUUAGACCAUGGACUACACGGUCCAGACCCUCCCGCCAGCCUCGGGCCUCUCGGCCUCGGUGCUCUCGUUCCUCGACGAGAAGUUUCGGACCAAGGAGAAUCUCGCUGAAGCUCCGAGUCUGGUGUCGGAGCUCCAGGCCCAGUGUUCCGAUUUGGAUCGGACCCUAACCGACCUCAACCGGAGGCUCGGGGUGAGCCUUGUGGACUACGCUUCGUUCUCCGAUCGAAUCGGUGGCGUUUUCAAUGACAUCAGCGCCAAACUGAUCGCCCUCGGAUCGUCCACUCGCUCUUAUAGCUCGAUAUCAGAUGGAGGAGGAGGAGAUGGAAACGGGAGGGCCGAGCAGAUAUUGGGGGAGGAGCUGCCAGCAUUAGCUAAGGAGGUGGCAAAGGUGGAGACGGUUCGAAUGUACGCUGAGACGGCAUUAAAGCUUGACACUUUGGUUGGUGAUAUUGAAGAUACUGUAUCUUCUCUUAUGAACAAAAACCUAAGGAAGAAUUCUUCCUUGCAGAACUCAGAGGAAUUGCGUCAGCUCACUAUUAAAACCCUUAAACUGACAGAAGACGUAUUAACUUCUGUUACAAAGACACGCCCUAAAUGGGCACGCCUUGUUUCAUCUGUUGAUCACAGAGUAGAUCGAGCUUUAGCCAUUUUAAGACCCCAAGCAAUUGCGGACCAUCGGGCCCUUCUUGUUUCCCUUGGAUGGCCACCACCUCUUUCCACCUUGACUUCCUCCAACCUAGAUGCGGGGAAAUCAGCUGAAGUUGCAAAUCCUCUUUUCACAAUGCAAGGGGACCUCAAACAACAGUACUGUGAAAACUUUCUUGCCUUGUGCAGCCUGCAAGAGUUGCAGAGACGAAGAAAGUCUAGGCAACUAGAGGGCUAUAACUGGGAAGUCGCUCUUCACCAGCCUCUCUGGGCUAUUGAAGAGCUUGUAAAUCCUAUAUCAUUGGUGUCCCAACGCCAUUUCACAAAAUGGGUUGACAAGCCAGAAUUCAUUUUUGCUCUUGUGUAUAAGAUAACCAGGGACUAUGUUGACUCUAUGGAUGAGUUACUGCAACCACUGGUUGAUGAAGCAAUGCUAGCUGGGUACAGUUGCAGAGAAGAAUGGGUAUCUGCAAUGGUAAUCUCCUUAUCAACAUACAUGGCAAAAGAGAUAUUUCCUGUUUACAUUGGUCAACUGGAUGAAGAAAGUGUCACUGGUACUCGAUCGCAGGCAAAGAUAUCAUGGCUCCAUCUUGUUGACUUAAUGAUAUCUUUCGAUAAACGAGUUCGAUCCCUGGUUGAACAGUCUGGGAUAUUGCUUUCCUUUCAGGAAGAUGCGAACCUGCAGAAGAUUUCUUGUCUAUCUGUUUUUUGUGAUCGACCUGACUGGCUUGAUUUAUGGGCUGAAAUAGAGCGUAGUGAUGCGAUAGACAAGUUAAAACUUGAGAUGGAUGAUGAGAAAAAUUGGAGAAUGAAAGUUCAGGGGGCAGUUCUUUCGUCUGGUCCCGAAGAUUUCAAGUCUCCUGCAAUUUCCAGUGCCUUUCUUAGGCACCUAUCAUCUGUGGUUGAUCGAUGCCGAUCAUUGCCUAGCAUUUCUUUGAGAUCAAGGUUUCUCAGAUUGGCAGGUGCACCUAUGAUUCGAAAAUUUUUGGAUUGCAUUUUUCUCAGGUGCCAAGAAGCUGAAGGACUGACUGCCUUAACAGAUGAUGUUGCCAUGAUUAAAGUUGCAAAUUCGGUUAAUGCUGCUCACUACUUUGAAUCUGUUUUAAAGGAAUGGUGUGAGGACAUCUUUUUUCUGGAGCUGGGAUUAGGUCAGGGUGAUCAACUGAGGAUAUCAGAGAAGAAUAAUGAUAGUGAAGGGCCAAUCAAGGGUUCUGCAAGUGGUAUUUUUGAUGAGGAGAUUGAAAAGUUGGAGGAGUUUAGGGCUGAUUGGGUCGAGAAGAUCUCUGUUGUUAUUUUGAGGGGGUUUGAUGCUCAGUGUCGAGAUUAUACGAAGAACAGGAGGCAGUGGCAGGAAAAGGGUGAAGAGGGUUGGACAGUAUCAAAGUCUUUAGUUGGGGCUCUAGAUUAUUUGCAGGGAAAAGUUUCAGUUGUAGAAGAAAAUUUGAAUGGGAUAGAUUUCGUUGGGGUCUGGAGAAGUUUGGCAGCUGGGGUGGAUCGAUUGAUUUUUAAUGGUAUUCUUAUGAACAACGCAAAGUUCUAUGAUGGUGGUGUUGAGAGGUUUGAUAAUGAUUUGCAGGUUUUAUUUGGGGUGUUUGGGGCUUGGUGCUUGAGACCAGAAGGCUUCUUCCCAAAAGUAAGUGAGGGCUUGAAGUUGUUGAAGAUGGUUGAGAAGCAGCUUCAAGAUAGUCUGGCUGGAGGGGAGAAAUGGAUGAAGGAGAACGGGAUUCGGCAUUUGAGCGUAGCCGAGACAGAAAAGAUAGCGAGGAGUAGAGUAUUCAUAAGUUGAAGGACUUAAGAGGUAAAGCCCUGGACUUCCUGAACUGACCAAUUUAUUUGAACAGUGCAAUAAUUCAAGUUCCCGUCAGAACACUUGUUACAACCAAUGCCUAGAGCACAGCGUGAGGCUUGUUUCACAGAGUAUUCUUAAAUUUCAGCCAGGUAUCCACUGCAUAUGCUGCCAUUAUGGUUGUUAAUAAAAUGGGAAAUGUAGUUCGAGGAAAAACCUGCCGUUCAUUAUUUGAUUUGUUACAGGAAUUGAAAUGAAUAUACAAAUUACAACUUUUUUUGGUUUCA